AUGACGCCAAGUCCACGUGCAGUCCCUGAAGGUUCACCCUCUCUUGACCGUGUAGAUCGCCACAACUCGACGGCAGCUGUCCACAAAAGGCAGUUUCAGAAACAGCGAACGCAGCGCGCCACAUACGCCUGUGAGCGAUGUCGACUCAAAAAGCUUCGAUGUACGGGGGGCCACCCUUGCGGUGCCUGUCGCCGAGCUGGGAUCGAGUGCGACUUUGGCGAUCGGGGAUUAGAUUGGCAGCAGAGUCUCUCCCUUACAAACCAGCGACUCUUGCAACUCGAGAAGACUGUCAUGGAGUUGGUGUCCAGCCUGGGCCAUCUGACCCAUCCACCACAGGAAGCACUCCCGCAAUCAGCUUUCCCACAGGCAAGGCAGAUCGUCAACAGCCCUUCUGCCCAGAUCACACGAACUGCGGGGCCUCCAGAUUCGUUCCCUGCCCGGACCAACGUCGCGGAGCCCACUCAAAGUCAUGGGGCAAGUGCAACUCCAGAACGUAUACGCACCUUGUCGGCGCACCCUGUACACUCAGAGGGACUCGAUUCACGCUGGGCCGCCCUGAAGAACAACUCAGCGCCGUUCCCCCCAUUAAUGGCCCACCCAACUGUGUGGUCAGGGGAGCCAGCAAAGACCGUUCCCGCCGGAGACCCGAAUGCUCAACUCGCUCUCGGAAUGACACACUACGAAGCCGAGGUUGACUUACAGAGUGAACCAGUUUCCCGGGGGAUUGUCGAUAAGCAGGAGGCAAGAGCGCUCUUCUCCUUGUUCUUCCAGAAAUGUCACCCAUUAUUUCCGCUCCUUGAGCCAGGCAAGGACCUGGACAGGCAUUUCGAUCAUAUCCGAUCAUCAGCGCCGUUCCUCUUCACUGCAGUCUUGGCAGUUGCGGGUCGUUACUAUACCGCUUAUCGGGACAAGCUAUCCAGCAGGUCAAGUCUGCCACCCAUUGCCGGUAGCGCCCUCGCAGCCCUCGCAGACCUCGCCGGUGCGCACCUUGGGUUUGUCCUCUUGCGUAAACAACACCAGCUGUCUGACGUGCAGGCUACCCUACUACUUUCUGUGUGGAUUCCGCGAGGCGGAGGUCAAUCUGCGGACCAGUGGAUGUUAACAGGGCUGUGUACCCGCCUGGCGUACCGUAUCGGGGUGCCCGAUUCGUUUGGCUGCCCAGCAAUUAUCCGUCUCUUGAGUUCAUCUGACCUCGACCCUAACGAUAUCGGCGAGGCGAACAGUGUCUUGCCCCAGUGGCACACCUGGUUGCUCAUUAACCAGUAUGACACGUGGCUCAGCCUUGGAUUUGGUCGUCCCCACCCAAUGCCAGUUGUCCAACCCUCGCCCCGACAGUAUCUUACUGCUGUACGCAAGCUGGGACCCUCAGCCCAGGUCGAUUCGGAAGCCGCGACAUACGUCACUAGCCUGGCCGAACUGUCCGCCGUCGCAGCGGAUCUGGUUUCCGGUCUGCGCACAGCCCGCUUACCCCCAACACCACGCCAAAAUAUCCGCCAGCCCGCUGCCACAGCAUGGUCUAAAAUCUCAUCUCUUCUAUCUGACCUAAACCCGCGCUUGGACGCAUGGCAACGUCAAUGGACCUGGGCCGGCUCCUAUGAUGCCGUCAUGCUUGGCAGGUACACCGACCUGGUCAAGAUUUACGGUGAACAUACGCGCUUAUGCUUGAACUCUCUUUCGCUUAACCUCCUGACCGCUAAUGCUACUGCGAACUCGGAGAACCAUAUAACGAUCUCCUGUUUGGAAAAGGCUUGUGAUGCCGCUGUAGCCCUUGUGCAGUACUACGUCAAGUCUUCCGAUUCGGAGCCAAUCGUUCGAUAUGGUGCAGAUUAUCUGGUUCUGAUACUCGGCCAAGCUGCAAUGUUCCUCGUCCGAGUACUUGUCGCUCGACUCGAGCAUCCCUUGCCAGUAGACCGACGUGUCUUGACGCAUCAUCUCAGGACUGCCAUUGAGCUCUUGGAGUCCAAUGACAUGUCCACAACCGGUAUUUGUGGCUGGGUGGCCCAGCUGGGUCGCGAGCUGGCUCGCUACGCCGGCCUUGCGCUUGACUCUGGUGAAGGUGAUCCGACAGAUGCCAACUUGACCGGACUAGACCCUAGCCUGCCGGAAAUCCAAUGGGACUUUGAUAUCUGCGCCUUACUGGGCCAGGACAUCCCGGCCGGAGAGACAGGUCUCGACCUCGGCCAUUACUUCGAUUUCGCCCAAUCUUUCUUCCCUCCACCCACUGAUCCGGGAACUCUAUGA